AUGGCCACUGUGUCAAAUGUCAAUAUGAGCCUUCCUCAUCUUCAGACGCUUCAUUGCGAUCAAUUCAGCCAAGUAGCGAUCACUUUCGUCGCAUGGCACCCAUCACUGACCGAACUGGACAUCAGUAUCCCGAGUGGCCUUCCAUACAAUCUUCCACAAUUUCCGCAUCCUACUCUCCCCAGGCUACCACCCUUUGCCCAGAUCAAAAGCUUUGGUAUAAAUUCCGUUCGUCUGACUACCAUCAGUGCAUUUAUUAAGGCGAUCCAAUCAUCUCCUUCUCACUUGCGUAUUGCGACAAGCCAGGCGUCGUCACCUGAAGAUUUAGAGGGAUUUUUCAUCCUCUCCCGGUUGCGAGAACUUCACCUCUUGACGGGAAACCCCAUCCGGGUGUUCUCUACUAUGGGCGAUUCUUGGCCUGACCUCGAAGUCAUCAACCUCAAUGACGGAUAUGCGGAGGCGGACCCACCCACGACCACUCUGCGUGGCCUCAUCUUACUGGUAAAUAAGUGCUCUCUUUUGAGGAGGGCUCACCUAGCGAUCAACAUGAAUGUGUUGGAGGAAAUAGAGGAGCGUCCCGUACCCAUACUUGGUGCAAAGUAUCUCGUGCUUGCGAACACCGUUGUUAAAAAUCCGAGAGCUGUCGCUUUCGUAUUUUCUCUAGUGUUCCCGAAGGUGAAGAAAGUGGAUGGCGUAGAUUCAGACAUUUGGACAAGGUGA